AUGACGCGAGAACCGUCUGGGAACCGCGGUUCCAUCCAUCGAUUGUCGCAACAAGGUCGGCCUUAAUUGCUUCUUGAAUAAAACACGUGCUGAUUAGCAGGAGAACAAGACCGACGACACGCGAGCAAACGCGAAAAAAGCCAAAAACAUCGUUCGGAAAAGCGCAUUCAGGAUCUUGAAGAUAGAGGACUGUUGAUCCCAGUAGAACAACGACAAUGCGGCAAUUGCUUCCAAUUUGGUCAUACGGUAAAAGAUUGUCAUAGACCUUUGCGGGGCGGCUCCCUCGACGCGUGUCCCAAAGACCGAUGCAACACGAAUCGACACAAUUUGAUCAAUUGUCCUUAUAUAUUGACCAAAAGGGACGCAUACAAAUUCGUGUGUCACAAACGAAACAACAAAGCACCAGUUGUAUCCCCAGUGGAUCCGUGGAAAACGACAGACAUGAAAAAGUUCAUUGAGAAGAGAAAAGCCCCUCUCAGUUGUCACACCGAGGAGUCGCGAUAUGGCCCGGAGGCAAGCGGGUUUAUCGCCGAGCCUGCGUGGGCGCCCUUGACGUCUCUCUCGCAGAAUAUGGACCUUUUGUCGACAAUGUCUAAUGAUCAGUUGGUAUCAUUACUGGGCACGCAGUUCUCCAGACCCAUUGGCUAUCAUCGCUGGAGUGACGAAGAGAUGCAAGAGAACUGGGGAACUUCCAGUGGCAAUCAGCCGCAAACGGAAGCUUUGUCUUCGGAAUCUAAUGCCAACACAGGGCACAAUCAAAGACAUAAUCGAGCUAAUCAUCUUGAUGAUGGCAACCGCAUUCAUCUUGACGAUGAUGACCAUCUUGAUGAUGGCUCUGAGUACGACGAUAUGGGCACUGUUGACUUGAACGUUAUUAAACGUGCCGUGAGAGCGAAGGAGAUAUAGGAAAAGAAGGAAGAGAGAGCGUAUUGGAUGGGACGUUCUCGAAAUCUUGGAAUCGACAUCAACAGACUAUCAAAACGGUCUCGGGAUGAUGAGGAGGAGGGUAAUAGGGACAAGAAGAGACCUAGACUACCCAGUGAUAGACUUACUGGCUCCGCAAAUGUAUCGAAGCGCGGCAGUAUGCACACUUCCCGCCCAAGACCACGACGACUGAAUGCGCAACUGGACCGCGCUUCUGAAAGUCAUACUUCCUCCGAACCAACCGUCCCGAUGCAGAGCAAGCGUCAGGAACGCGAAGUGACUGGAUUUACCCAUAGACGGAAUCCCUUCGAGACAGCUUGCUACGCCGACGACGAUCCUCGCAAGAACGACCCUAACUAUGGUGAUCCGGCCCUGUCUCGCGAGUAUGACGCCUUUUAUGGGGACAGACUGCCAAGAUGGGCGCCAUCGAAGGAAGAUUCCAACAGAUUUUGGAAUAAUCGACAAUGA